CAUUAACGCCCCCCGGCGCGGGGCGCGGGCGCCCGGGCAUCCUCCGGCGGCGGCUCCUCGGCGCGGCGCGGGGCGGGCGCGGAGCGGCUCCCAGCGCCAGCCCUGCGCGCUCCGCCGCCCUCUCUGCGCCGCCGGACAACGCCAUGAAGCCGGCGGUGCUGGAAGUAAUGAGGAUGAACCGGGUGUGCAGGAUGGUCCUGGUCACUUCCGUGGGCUCCUUCAUCCUCGUCAUCUUCUAUUUCCAAAGUAUGUUGCACCCAGUAAUGCGUAGAAAUCCAUUCGGGAUGGACAUUUGCUGUCGGAAAGGAUCCAGAAGCCCACUCCAGGAACUGUAUAAUCCCACCCAGUUGUCCAACACAGCAAUUCUCCAUCAGAUCAGACGAGACCAGGUGACAGACACGUGCCGAGCAAACAGUGUGUCCAGCAGGAAGCGCCGUGUGCUGACACCCAACGAUCUCAAGCACCUGGUCGUGGAUGAAGACCAUGAAAUGAUCUAUUGCUAUGUUCCCAAAGUGGCCUGCACAAACUGGAAGAGAGUCAUGAUGGUUUUGACGGGAAGAGGCAAGUACAGUGAUCCGAUGGAAAUCCCGGCCAACGAGGCCCACGUGUCUUCAAACCUGAAGACUCUCAACCAGUACAGCAUCCCAGAGAUCAACCACCGCUUGAAAAACUACAUGAAGUUCCUCUUUGUUCGUGAGCCUUUUGAAAGACUGGUGUCAGCCUACAGGAACAAGUUCACCCAGAAGUACAACACUUCCUUCCACAAGCGAUACGGCACCAAAAUCGUGAGGCGCCAGAGGAAAAACGCAACCCAGGAAGCUCUGCGGAAAGGUGAUGACGUGAAAUUUGAAGAGUUUGUGGCAUAUCUCAUUGAUCCACACACCCAAAGAGAAGAGCCCUUCAAUGAGCACUGGCAGACUGUGUACUCCCUCUGCCACCCUUGCCACAUUCACUACGACCUCAUAGGAAAGUAUGAAACACUCGAAGAGGAUUCGAAUUACGUUCUCCAGCUGGCGGGAGUAGGCAACUACCUGAAAUUCCCCACCUAUGCAAAGUCUACGAGAACUACUGACGAAAUGACCACAGAGUUCUUCCAGAACAUCAGCUCCUUGCACCAAACGCAGCUGUAUGAAGUCUACAAACUUGAUUUUUUAAUGUUUAAUUACUCAGUGCCAAGCUACCUGAAAUUGGAAUGAGGGAUGGGUUGGGGGGAAAGAGGGGAGAGAAAGCCUGUUUUAUUUAAGAUUUUUAUUUGUCAUAAUAAAUAUGGAGAAUGGGUUAUUUUGUAAAUUAAUAUUUUCUUUUUUUGAAUGAUGCUGCGAGCAGCACAGUCAAAAUUAUUUAAAUCAACUGUAAGAAAGGACAGCUCUCUUUGCAGGGUAACGGGAUUGUGACGAUCUAGCUGUAGAAAUGAAUAAUACUGCUACACUGUUUAAACAAAUGUUAAUUGUGUUGUGGUGAAUUUCAUUGAUCUUGCAUUCCUCCAGUUCUAAUUAAUGUUAUUUAUACUUAUUUAAAACAUUGUCUCUUGGUAGGUUUCACUUCAGCAGCAGAGAUAAGAUAACAAGUGGACAAAAGGAGUCUGGUUUUGUGCUUUCCUUGACUGAACUUGUUCUGGGUAAUAAUGUUCUUCCAUUUGCCAUUGAUGCAGGUAAAUAUGGGAAUGGUUCUGGAUACCACACGCUUUGAGAAGAGUGGUGAAAAUAAGUUCUUUGGAAAGUGAUGUUGCACUCAAUACCAGUACAAAAUCUAUCUUUCUAGGCUGAAAAGGAAAAAUAAUUCUGAUUUGGGUAGACUCGUGAUAAGAAAUGUGAAUGUAUUCUUUAGUAAGAGAAACCAUGAACCUUUUAUAAGUCUUAAUGAAUUUAUGGAGAAUAUGACCACUCCCACUGUAUCUUAAUUUUGAAGCCUCCCAGCCUAAAUGAAUUGGGGAUGGUCCAUCAGAAAAGAAUCAGCAUUUGGAAAGUGACUUUAGGAGAUUUUUUGAAUGCCCAAAGCAAUUGUCAUUGACUUAAUUCAUAUCCAGGAUGGAGCUGUGGGGACCUCCAUCCUCUUCAAAUCAUGCAUCUCUAAUUGAUCCUAAGAGGGGCAACCAAAACUGGCUGGAGAGACACUGAUCAUGAUAAGUUGCUAUAAACAAUCUGGGCACAUAAUUUGAAAACUCAGUCACAUUCAUGUUGAUUCUCUAAGCAUGCAGGGCAAUAUAAAAGGUCUCAUCUUCCUACAUGCUGGUUUUGUGGCUUUUUCCUAGGGAGAAGAAGAAUCCUUCUUUUUUAGUUGAUACCUAAAUGCCAUUGACAGGAAUUUUUCUAAGUUCCAGUGAGUUAGAAAUUCAUCUAAGUCAUCUCUAGUGUAAGACUAUGACCUUUUUUCUUAAGGGGAAUGUCUCAGUAGCAGUUGUUUUGUGUUUAACAGCUUUUGGGGAUGGCAGAUUGUUUUGGGUAAGCAAAUAGUAAUCUAUACACAGCAGAUAAACAAUGAAAAACGGGAUUUCAGUGUGGAUCUGUUAGCCAGCUAGUGGGAGCAGAAGGUCAUGCUUCUCCAGAUGUUUGCUUCAGUUGAAUGCUGGUGAGGGAAUGUUCUGGAGCCACCUCAGUGCCCGCAGGCAGCUGAUGGGCAAAAGGAGGCAGAGCCUAAAUUGAGGCACUUGUGAAAAUAUAAGAUCUGUUUUUAAGUUGAUAGAUGGUUAAAAAUGGGGGGUUCAGCUGAAGGCAGAGCUGUUUCAACAAUAUCAGAGCCAGAUCCUGAAAAAAUGUCAAAUUGUACAGUAGCCAGUAAUAUCCACUGAAUUAUAUUAGUUUCCAGGACACAUAUGUGAUUAAAGAAGAAAAAUAGUUUGCAUUUUAUUUGAUAGAAGUAAGUUGCUGAAUAAAUCUCUUUGAAAAACAAAUUAACAUAACAAACAGCAACUGAAGUCCUUUCACAAUUGGAUUUAGUCUUAGGCAGGAUUCAGGUCAUUAUUUUUUGUAUCAUACCAUACAAAUAAAUCUCUUAUCCAUUCUGGAACAGCCACAGUUUUCAUAACCCAGGCCUUAUUUAUAACCUGAAGCACUGGGCCAGUGGCUGACAAGGGGCUGGCUGGCUGUGUCUGGCACCUCUGAAUUCCUGAUCCAUCGCUGAUUGCUAGUUUUGUUUUACUUUAAAGCAGUUUGGUCUCAUUUAGAGUAUGUGGGGCUGUUGCAAGUGCCUCUCACUGUGUGCCCUGGCUCUCUUACAUUCCUAGUUCAAUGGUUGUAUGUUUGUUAAAAAAGCAACUGUCUGAGGCAGGUUCCACUUUCCCCCUGCCCCACAACACUUCCUACAAGCUAUUUGUGUGCUAGUUUGGUCUUGCAUCCCACAGUGCUCAUAUUUGGGUCCAAUUUUUGUCUCAGUUAGCUGUUAAUCCAUCCAACAGAAUGUGAUUUUUUUCAUUUAAGACAAAAGUUGCUUCAGAAAGUAAAUAUUUAAGGAACACGAUGUGCUUCCCCCUUUCUUUUUUGUACUUUUCUCUGGCAUCAUCACCACAUUUUUAUGCCUCUGAAAUAUUCUCUGUAGUUUCACAACUUUGGAGACAUAAAACCUCUAUAUGGUAGCUCUAACAGAAAAGCUUUAGGUGCAAAGCACAUUCAGGAGAUGUGAGUGGUGACUGUUGCUCCAGCUGGGAUUUUUAGCAACAGCUUAGGGUUGGAUUACCCAAAUUCUGGCUCCCCACAGAAGAUAGCUCUACAGGUGGAUGCUCAGCACUGAGAAGGCUUUGAUGUGGACUUCAGUAAGUGCUUGAAGUCACUUGCUUUUGAAAAACCUUGAACCCAAACUACUACAACCUGGCUAUUGAGUGUGUUUUAUCUAUUUUGAGGUGCUGUGAAUGGGCUGUAGAUCUGUGUUUAAAAUGAACAGCUGACAUGCUGGAUAUGGUUGUGUCCUGUGCAGUGAGCAGCAAGCCCUCACCAGCUCAGAGCAGGAUGACAAAUAUUUGUUAAGGAAUAGCCAUUUCUUUUGGUCUGUUGGCUGUGCUGUUUUGUCUGAGCCAAAAAGUCUCUCUUUCCACUGAAGCCACACAGAACAUUCAGGGUUGUUCAUGCUCAUGUCAGUGAGCUGGCAGCCACCUCCUGCAGUGGGGGGCAGCCAGGAAAUGGGUUGGUUUUACCCUCUAACCCCUCACUGGGUUUCCCAGCUGGAGGAGAAGAAGGGCUGGUCUGCUCCUGAGUUCUGCCUCUCUCCUGGCUCCAUUUCUGCUGUGGCCACAGCUGAUCCUGCGAGACAAAUGGGCAGCACGGAGUCACAGCAGAAUGUAAAAUACUUAAAAUAAAAAGACAUGCCCUUGGGGCUGCAAGGGCCGCCCGGGAAGCUGCUGUUGUAGAAGGGUGUGCAUUAAUUAUGUCAAGUAGUGAUGAGCACAGAGAGGACCCAGUGGCAGAAUUCCUGCUCCCCACCUCUGUCCCCAGCCCCUCCAAGCUGCUGGAGCAGUGAUCCUCAUCUCUGAGCAGCUGAUGCCUCCCUGUCCUUUGGCAGGGCCAGCGCUGAGCCCAGCAGUGCUGGUGGCUCUGUUCUUGGCACGAUUGCCACAGCUGAGGGGUCAUUCCCCCCAGGUGGCCCCAAGCACCUUAACCUGGAGUGCAGGCUGGAAUUGGCCCAUCUGAACAUGGUGGUGGCUUCUGGGUGCUGGGAUGUCCCCCCAAACCUGGCUCAGUCCAUGCUUUAGCCUCUUCAUAAACCACGUCCAUUAUGACAGAAACGUGCAAACUGCCUGAACCAUGCGCUGUGUAAGACAAGUGAAAUAAAUAAUCCACAAGCAGAAGUGCUUUUAGAGUAAGUUGACCCCAGAUGUUUUAGGGUUUCACUGUAGUCUGCUGCACUUUUCAGGUACAAAAAGGGACUGUCCUUACUAUUACUCUUGUUACAGAGAGUGUUAUUUUCUUACAUGCAUGCACAAUACAAUGUGUACGAAUAAUUUAACAUCAAUGUGGGGUUGGAUUUUUUUUUUUAACCUAUUUGUAUGCAGUAGAAGGCUUGUUGUAGAAAAGUAUCUCCUCAUACUUAAAUAUACUGUUAAUAAAGAAAAAAAGAUAAAUUAUACAUUGCCAACACAAGUGUGAACUGCUCAUGAAUCUUUCCUUAAAAAAGCCAUUCAAGCCUGAUUAUUUUUCUAAGUAACUUGAAUUAAAUUGAAGAAAGAAAAUUCCUCUCUGUGUGCUUUAUUUAUGGCUCAUGCUUUCAGGGCAGGUUUUUCAGGGUGGGAUUUUUGUCUGCAAAGCUUUGCUUUCUCACCUGCCUUACUGUAUAUUGUGGGCAGGACACACAAUAAACUCAAAAUUAUCUACUCCUGUGGAGCAGGAGAAAUCACUUGGUGUGGUGGGGGUCAGUGGGCAGAGCAGUCAGGGAACCAAGCCCAGGCAAGGGGGAACCAGCAGCUGCAGAACUCAACCACGGAGGGAGGGAGGGAGGGAGCUGGGGGCUUUACAAAAUUGAAAUCACAUGCACACAAACCCAGAAACUUCCAUUUUUGGGGUAAUGGAGUAAGAAAUGGCCUUUCUGCACAGCCCGUGGGUGCACAGCUAUUGGGUUAUUUCCUUCAUUGCUUGUAAGAUAGCGGGAAGAAAAGACCAGAUCCCGAUACUGCCGCGGAGACUGACAAAACUGGAUUUGCACAGUGGAAGGAAACUUGAGGAUUUGUCCUUUUGGCAAGCCUCAAUUUUUCCAUUAAAUAAUUGCAAAUUUACAAAACCCUUUCCUGUUGGUACCCAGCAGCUGCCCCAUGGUACUGGCCUCAGGCAGCUGCUGUAGGACAGGAGAGCUGGCAGCAGCAGGGCUGUGAGCAGCACCCUGGCACUGGGACAUGGAUGUGGAGCACUGGGGGAUGUGACAAAGGGGCAGGAUCCUGUACAGCUGAGGUGUCCUCCGGCCCAAAUAAGAGAUUAAGGCCAGCAGAGAUGAUACAAAGUUUGAAGAAAGACUGUUCCUGUGGUCAUAACAUGCUCCCUGUGAAGGCAUGAACUCCAACACUUCCAAACCUUUGUUUGGAUGAAAACACAUUUAAUUCAAUUCCAUCAUAAUUACAAAAGAAUUAAAAAUAUGGGGAAUGGGAAGAAAAGAUAAAAAAAAUCAAGCAAGUGCAGCCAGCAGCAGAGCAGAGACCAGAGCAGAUGCUUGCCAGCCAGCAGCACUGUGCCUUUCACGAGCUGUGUUACACAUCAUCGCGUACAAGACUCCUGAUGCCACACCAAAAUAUCUUGCUCUUCCAGUUGCAUUCACAACUUUGCCAAAGACUGAAAAUUUUGAUAUAUUAGAGUCUGGCUUUAUUUCUCAGUGUACUGAAAGACGUAUCCAAAUGCCACCUCCCCAGAUUGCAUGCUAAUCAGUUUAAAAGGAAAUCUAUUUUAAAAGAGGAACAAUCAACUUCAUCUUCUCUUGGCAUGACAAGAAGCCAACUGUUUCCCCUGUUACUUGAAAUGUCACUCUAUUGGUGUGCUCGAGCCUCUGAGAUUCAACUCACUGUCAAUAAAAAACAGCUGCUGGCUAAGUCAGAGGCAUUUAGGAUCAAGGGUAGUUUACUUA